AUGAAGGUGACAAUCCAUUGGAGUAAUAAAUCAGUUGACAUGAUGCUAGAGUUUUUAACUAAACUUUUACCGAAGGAUAAUUUGGUUCCAAAGUCAACUUAUGAAGCUAAAAAAAUACUACAUGAAUUGGGUUUGUCAUACGAGCUCAUUGAUGCUUGUGUAAAUGACUGUGUGCUCUUUUGGAAGGCGAAUACAACAUUGGAUAAAUGUCCAAAUUGUAAUGCUUCUAGAUACAAGACAAAUCAUGGUAGAGGUAAGAAGAUCUCUCGUAAGGUUCUUCGAUACUUCCCGUUAACACCGAGAUUGAAAAGGUUGUACAUGUCGAGAAAGAGAGCCGAGGAUAUGAAAUGGUUCAAUGAAAAACGUCUAGAUGACGAUGUAUUGAGGCAUCCUGCAGAUAGUGAUGAGUGGAAGGAAUUCGAUUCACAACAUCCUGAAUUUGCCUUGGAGCCUCGAAAUGUGACGCUAGGGUUGGUAACUGAUGGGUUCAACCCUUUCGGAAAUAUGAAUAACUCAUAUAGUUUGUGGCCUGUUGUACUCAUUCCGUACAACUUGCCACCGUGGUUGGCUAUGAAGGACCCAUUUUUCAUGCUAUCAUUACUUAUUCCUAGUGAAUCACAACUAGGAAUUGAUUUUGAUGUCUACAUGAGACCUUUAGUGGAUGAAUUGAAUGAAUUAUGGAAAAAUGGUACAUUGACCUAUGAUGCCUCUACUAGAAAGCGAAAGAGUAAAGCAUAUAAUGGCAAGCAUGAAAAACGGAAGAGAUCUUUGGUGAUACCGAUAGAAAAGAUUGAAGAACAAUUGGCCAGCGUGACGGGUGUCACAUAUGGAAAACAUCCAAGCAACAGAAAAAGACCUCGUCAGAACCCAAAUUGGACAAAGGUAAGCAUCUUGUAUGAGCUACCGUAUUGGAAGAAAAAGAGGCUUCGACACAACAUUGAUGUCAUGCAUGUGGAGAAGAACUUUAGUGAAAAUGUUGUUGGAACUAUGUUGGGAAUUGAUGGGAAGAACAAGGAUACAGAUAAGGCACGAAUGGAUUUAGAAGACAUGAAUAUAAGGAAAGAAUUGUGGCUGACAACAAAUCCCGAUGGAUCAUAUGUGAAGCCGCGAGCCAGCUUCUCAUUGACCCCUAAAGAGAGAGAGGGUUUCUUUGAAUUCUUGAAAUCAGUCAAGUAUCCAGAUGGGUACGCGGCAAACAUUUCGAGAUCAGUAAAUGCAAAAAAUGGUAGAUUAACAGGAUUGAAAAGCCACGACUGCCAUGUACUUAUACAACGGAUUCUUCCAAUUGGGAUGCGUGGUUACGUAGAUAAAGAGAUCAGUACAGCACACACUUUUUGA